AUGAAGACAUUUGCAAAUAUUUUUCUGGGACUUUUUAUCUUUGAGACCAUUGUGGGUGCUCCUACAAUAGAUACCUUAACUUAUGACUCUGAAACCUAUGAUGUAGCAUUGGAAGACUUGGAUAAUCUUUAUGACUACAAUGAAAACCUCCCUGUGGAUCAGGCAGAGAUAGAGAUUGGAACCGUGUUACCUUCUGUAACUAGAAAGAUUCAUUCCCCACCACCACUGCCAAAAGAAGCUGAAGAAGAAGCAUCAACACCAAAACUAAUUGAUGGUUCUUCACCACAGGGGUCAGGAGCUCUUGGGCCCCAAACACAUGAUGGUCUUCCGACUUGCCUUCUGUGUACAUGUCUGGGGACCACAGUCUACUGUGAUGAUCAUGAACUCGAUGCCGUUCCUCCACUGCCCAAGAAAACCACCCAUUUCUACUCUCGCUAUAACAGAAUCAAAAAGAUCAACAAAAAUGAUUUUGCUAAUCAAAACAAUUUAAAGAGGAUUGAUCUGACAUCAAAUUUUAUAUCCGAGAUCGAUGAAGAUGCCUUCAGGGAGCUACCCCAGCUUCAGGAGUUAGUGCUCCGCGAUAACAAGAUAAGGCAGCUCCCCGAGUUACCGCCUUCCCUGACAUUCAUUGAUGUUAGUAACAACAGGCUUGGCCGCAAAGGAAUAAAGGAAGAAGCAUUUAAAGAUAUGGUUGAUCUGCAUCAUCUUUACAUCACUGACAAUAACCUGGAUCACAUCCCACUCCCACUCCCUGAAAGCCUCCAAGCUCUUCAUCUUCAGAACAACAACAUUCAGGAGAUGCAUGAAGACACUUUCUGCAAAAUGAAAGAUGUUACUUAUGCCCGUAGAGCUCUAGAAGACAUCAGACUGGAUGGCAAUCCCAUCAACUUGAGCAAAACUCCUUCUGCUUACAUGUGCCUACCCCGUUUGCCAAUUGGUAGCCUCAUCUAA